AUGAGCUCCUCAGACCCUGACAGAAAUUCCGACCACCCCAAGCAGGGCAAAAUACUUGUCAUCGCUGGCUCGGAUAGCUCGGGUGGAGCUGGAUUGGAAGCAGACCAGAAGGUCAUUGCUGCUCAUGGGUGCUAUGCCAUGACAGCUACUACGGCCCUGACGGCGCAAAACACCACCGGCGUGGACGAUAUCCACCAUGUUCCCCCGGAGUUCGUGAGAAAGCAAAUCGACGCCGUAUUCAAGGAUAUCAAACCCGAUGUCGUCAAGACCGGUAUGCUGGCUUCGGCUCCCACUAUUGAGAUGCUAGCAAAGGCAUGCAAAGACCACAAAAUCAACAAAUUGAUACUAGAUCCUGUCAUGGUGGCAACGACAGGCGCAGUGCUUCUGCCGCCUGAGGCCGUAAAGGACAUGCGUACCUUGCUCUUACCACAGACUUUUCUGGUCACGCCCAACAUUCCAGAAGCAAAGCUGCUUCUUUCCGAUGCAGGCAAGCAGUCUCUCGAGGUAGAAACGAUCGAGGACCUCGAGAACUUGGCCCGAAUGACACAAGAGUUAGGUCCGGAGUGGGUUCUUAUCAAGGGCGGCCACGUGCCGUUCAAGAAAGACGGCACCAUCGCGAGAAGCCCGGAAGAAAGGCAGUUAAUGGUAGACGUGCUGUAUGGCGAGGGCCGGAUCACCAGAAUAGGGGGCACGUAUCAAGACUCGAAGAACACGCACGGCACCGGCUGUUCACUGGCAUCCGCCAUCGCCUCCAACAUUGCGAAAGGUUUGAGCCCGGUGGAGGCAGUCAGCGCGGCUUGUCAGUAUGUUGAGGCUGGCAUUCGAACAGCACCUGGUUAUGGUCAGGGCAAUGGGCCAUUGAAUCAUUUCCAUUCGGUCUACACUCUACCAUUUGCACCCGGCCGCUUCGUCGACUACUUACUGAACCGCCCAGAAGUGGCACCGGUAUGGCACAAAUUCGUCAACCACCCAUUUGUCAUGGGACUUGGGAAUGGGGAACUGCCACUCGACUCGUUCAAGAAGUAUUUGAUACAAGAUUACCUUUACCUGGUACAUUUCGCACGUGCGAACGCUCUUGCGUCGUACAAAGCGAAGAGUAUGGAAGACAUUGCCGCAGGUGCCAAAAUUGUCACGCAUAUUCACACAGAGAUGAGCCUCCAUCUCGACUACUGCGCCUCUUUCGGCAUCUCGAAAGCUGAGAUCGAGGCGACCGAGGAGCAGCAGGCGUGCACGGCGUACACACGGUAUGUGCUGGAUGUUGGCCAGUCCGAAGACUAUCUCGGCCUCCAGGUCGCACUCGCACCCUGCCUGCUGGGCUACGGCGCCCUCGCGGCAAUGCUGCACGGCGAUCCGAGGACCAAGACCGAGGGCAACACGUACUGGAAAUGGAUCCUCAACUACGUCGCGGAUGACUAUGUCGAAGCGGUGCGCACCGGGCGCGCCCUCAUGGAGAGACAUGCGGCGCUGCAGAGCCCGAGCCGGGUUGAGGAGUUGGUCAAGAUAUUCGUGCAUGCGACCAAGAUGGAGAUCGGAUUUUGGGAGAUGUUCCCCUCUUCAUGA